AUGACACACGCCAAGACAGGAAAGUCGGUGCCGUCCAAGGACUUGGCGCCGCUGCCGUCCAACUUUACGCCCGUCUUCAUCCGCAACCAGUUCUUCACCACCAUCCCGCUGCCCACCAAAUCCAUGUACCCCAACGCUUCCGGCCAACGCGCCAUUGUCACUGGUGCCAACACUGGCCUGGGCUUCGAGGCCGCCCGCCAGCUGCUGGCCCUCGGCUACAGCCACCUCGUCCUGGGCGUCCGCUCGCUCGACAAGGGCCGCGAGGCCGCUAAGACGCUGCAGGCCGCCAACCCGCGCGCCACCAUUGACGUCUGGGAGCUCGACAUGGCGUCGUACCCGUCGGUGCGGGCGUUUGCGCGCCGCUGCCAGGAGCAGCUGCCGGGCCGCAUCGACAGCACGAUCCUCAACGCCGGCCUCAGCCACCUUGUGCGCGUCACGAGCGCCACGGGCCACGAGACCACCAUGCAGGUCAACCACUACGGGACCGCGCUCCUGGCGCUGCUGCUGAUUCCCGUCAUCAAGGCGAAGGCGACGGCAACGGCCAGCGGCCCGUCACCCACGCGGCCCCCCGCGAUGACCAUUGUCAACUCGGUCACGGGCCAUCUCUGCAAGUUCCCGAACCGCGCGGCGCGCCCACUGCUGCCCACCUUUGACGACGACGCGCUGCUGCCGUUCGAUGCCACCGAGCGCUACGGCGUGUCCAAGCUCAUCUCGCAGAUGUUCCUGGUCGAGCUGACCGACCGCAUUGCGCCCGUCCACGGCAACCCGUUCAUCAACUUUGUGGACCCCGGCCUCACCAAAGGCACCAGCCUGUUCCGCCACGCCAAGGGCGCCAUGCGCGUGGCUGUCAAGGGUUUCUUCAGCGCCGCCGGCCGCACGGUCGAGCGCGGUGCGGCGACGUAUGUGCACGCUGUGCUGGGCAAGGGGCCCGAGUCGCACGGGUGUUUCUUGAUGAAUGCCGAAAUUGCACCUCUUGCUGGAUACUACUACACGGAAAAGGGUCUGUCGGCGCUUGUGUGGGAGGAAACACUCAAGGAACUCGAGUUUGCCGACGCCGAGGACAUUGUCCGGUCUGUCCAGCUGUAG